GGAUUGACGAACCCGACCCGACCCAGUUCAGUCUGUAUUCAGCGUUUCUCAUCUCUUAGUGUUUUCAUAGUGUUUUCUCUGUGUUCCGCUUUGUCAGAACGGAUAUAUGUGUAAUUUCAAGAAAGUUACUUUAGUCUGGGAGGUUUUUAUUUUAGAAGUUUGAAGCGAGUUGCAAAUAUUGUUGAAAUGAAGAGAAGAAUAUAAGAUAUGGGAGAUCAGAAUAAAGUUGGAGCAGGUCAGGCAAUGCAGAUGCCUGAUUACAGUAUGGCAUCAUCACAAGUACCCGUAAGUAUGGCCAUGACGAUGACGCAGUCUCCUAUGUUGACAGGAUUACCGACCCUAGCUCCAGCUCCUUCAAACCUUCCUCAGGGUUUACAGCAACAACAACAGCAACAGCAACAACAGCAACAGCAGCAACAGCAACAACAACAGCAGCAACAGCAUCAACAGCAAAUACAACAAUUACAUCAGGGUGGUCAUGGCCCCAACCAGCAGGGUAUGCCCGGUCAACCCAUGGCUUUACAACAGCAGAUCGGUCAACCUCAGUUUCUGAUUCAACAACCUUUCGGCGGUCAACAGUACGCUACAUUCCCGCAGUUUGCGUAUACAAACCAACAAGGACAGUUAGUUUUACAACCCGCGCAGUUCGCGCUUCCAGGUCAACCCGGCCAGCCGCAGGGUCAGCAGGUUAUUCUCACCGGAGUUCCGCAGAAGCAAGGACAGCCUCAGAUGAUAUCAGGACCUGGAAACAACGUGAAGGGAGGUCAACCUAACUAUACUUUUACAAGCACAGGUCAGCUACAGAUGUCUAGUCCCGGUCCUCAACAAACCUUCAUGAUCACGAACCCUCUAGGACCAGGAAUCCAGGGAGCAGUAUCUAUGCAGGGACCUGGAAUGUCUUCUCAACCUAUCCCGACUAGUAUGACAGGAAUGAAGGAUGGGAAACCUAUGCCUGGACCUCCUCAGAUGGCUGGUCAGGCAAAUUCCCAGCAGCCCCAGCAGUACGUCAUUCCUUCUCCUCACGGGAUGACAUAUAUGCAACAUCCUCCUAUUAUUCAAAACGGACAGAUAAUAUUCCGAGCUCCGGGUCCUGGGGAUCAACAGCAGGUUAUGUUUUCUCCGUCCGCUCAACCUCAUCCACAAGCUCAACCUCAGGUUCAGCAUCAACCAGUUCUCCAGGGUAAUCCGACCAACCCCCUGGGGGGAAUGCAAGUAAGACCUCCCAUGCCUAAUUUACCUCCACCUGGAAAAACUGCAAUAUCUCGAGCUAUUGCUCCUCUCCUGCCGAGUGUAUCCCAGUCCAACGCAAGACUUGGAUAUAACGGAAACCAGGGAGGACAACCUAGUCCUAAAUCUAAACAGAAGAUGUCUCCUAGAUCAGGCCAGGCAGGGACGGGACGGCCUCCUGCUCCAAAGGGAGGAAACAUGAAGAUGAUGCCUAGGAUGGGAGGAAAUAACUCUCCCAUGCCAGGUUCUCCUGGUUCUCCUCAGAUGAUGCCGGGAUCUCCUCGUCCUCAAGUCUCAGCUGCUCCGUCCUUGAAGAGUAUGGUUGGACCACCGAACCUCCCAAUGAUGGGUUCCGAACCAUCCUCUCUUCCUGCAAUAAACAUUCCCUCAACCACUAUCUCUAUGUCCCAGAUGUCCAAACUGGGUAACCAAGGUCCACCUACCUCUGCCCCGCCUACCUCGGGUUCCCUUGAUCCGCCCACCUUGACCAAGGAGAUUAUGACUCCAAUGCCAAAUCUUGGUCAACCAAACCACGCUCAGCAAAAUCUUGGACAACAUAUGCUUGGACAACAGAUCCAUGGACACCUUAGUCAACCCAAUCUUGGUCAACAUAAUCUUGGUCAAUCCAACAUGGGACAAUCCAACUACAGUCAAUCAAACAUUGGUCAAAUUAACCAUGGUCAACCCAACCUCAGCCAAGCUAACCUUGGUCAAUCCAACCCUCCGCUUUCUCACAUGAACAGCACCGGACUUAAACCGAUGAAGAAUUUCUCCCCUAAUGACGGGGAGCAGGGCUUAGUUCCUACUCCAAAGGCUGUUGUAAAACCUCAAGUUCUGACCCACGUGAUCGAUGGUCAAGUGAUAAAAGAAUCCUCUCAACCAUUCCCUGUCAGUCCAGUGAAAGCUGUUCGACGGAAACCAGAAAAGACUGAAGAGAAGCAGACUCCAGGAGGACAGGUGAAGCGAGGUCCAGGUCGACCUCCAGGUUCAACUAAAUCCAACGAUACCAUUAAAUCCAACGGUGUUGAGCCCCCUGAGAAGAAACUGAAGAUGAAGGAUCCCCAACCUACUGAUAGUUUAGAUAUACCUUCAGCUCCGGCUCCGCAGCAACCCUUGAUCCCGGGUGUCCGGGGGAACCCCCUCAAGUGGAAGGUGACCGAUGUUUGUGAUUUUAUAAAGAAUCUGCCCGGCUGCGGGGAAUAUGUUGAAGAUUUUGCCCAGCAGGAGAUUGACGGGCAAGCCUUGAUGUUGCUGAAAGCAGAUCAUCUAAUGGCUGCUAUGUCGAUAAAGUUAGGACCAGCACUAAAAAUCUGUUCUCAUAUUGAGCAGAUACGUGAGGAGCUGAACAAGAACUAGAAAAUAUUCAUCCUGAUCUUCUAGAAAAGCUAGAUCAUAUUCUACUUGCGGGAUCAAAGAGAAUAAAAACAUUUAAAAAAUUUCUGCUUUUUUGUGAAUUGUGAGCCUUAGAAAGAGUGUGAAGAAAUGUGUAAAAAUUAUAUAUGAUGUAAAUUUUUCACAUAUUGUAAUAAUUAAAUGAUAAACAAUCAG